AUGGCUUCGUUGCACCAUGGCGUCGUUCAUAUUUAUUGUGCUCAAAAGCAGUGCGCAGAUGCUUUCAGGAAUUUUCAACGAUCCAUGACUAUUCAAGGGAGAUAUUUACCUGCUAAUCAUUCAGAUAUGGCUUUAAAUCAUAGUGGGCUAGGUGAUGUUUAUCGUGGUGAUGGUCAGUAUCAACGUACCAUGGAAUGUUAUGUAAAAGCAUUCGAAAUUCGGAAGAAGUCACUUCCUCCGCAACAUCAAGACAUCGCUUCGCGUCAUAGAGCCAUUGGCCAGCUAUUUGAGGACAUGACUAAAUGA